AUGGCGACCGAUGCAGGCAAAAACUUGCUGCCAGACCCAGUCAGCAAGUGGUGUCUGUGCGGUGCCACACGAAACGCGGCUGAUUGUCAAAGGUUGGGCAAACUGGAAGUCCCAGAGUUGCUGGGCAAUGGCGACUCGGUGGAUGUGGUGGUGAUUGUGGUGAUUUGCUGCAUAUUGAUUGAAAUACGCACCAGCUCGCCUUCAGACUUGAUGGACGCAGGGGAACCAGACGUGGUGAUGGCAAUUCCUCAGCCUGGUGCCCGUUGCCCGGAUUUUUCCGGAGUGUGGCUUUGUGUUGAAGUCACUGGAGACUCAAACAGGUUCCUGGAGGAAAUGGGCGUGGAGGAAGAAUUUAGGUGUCCAUCAGCAGCGGCAGAGAAUCAAUCAGUUUGGGCCUUUGUGGUGUGGAUCUCCGCAUUCUCCGUGUGUUUGGUGAGCAGUGCGCUGGCAGUACAAGCCAGGUUGCCCUUGCAAUGGCCUGAAGUUCGGGAAGGUUGCCAGGCGACCAGUGGCACUGCUCAUGUACAGUCCUUUCCGGCGAAUAUCUCCAUAAAGCCUUUGGGCCUUGUGAAUACUGGUGAGCUUGUCAAAGCCCAAGCUCCCAAAUCUUGGCUUCGCGGAGCCCAUGCUUUGGCUCGGCGGCUAUACAACUGCACAACGGUGAGAAGUUGCAGCUUUUCCUGGUCUUUCCUUGCCAUUCUAUUUGGAGCUCCCACAGGCCAAUUCUUCGAAACAGAAAAGCGCAGGGCUGUUUGGGAGACUCUCUGGAACGCUGUUUCGAAGAGGAUGGCAUAUUUCCGCUCCAUGGAGCUUCAGGGUCUAAAGAUGACUUCUUCAAUCAGUCCCUUUGGCGGACCUCAGGAGCGGCAAGCACCCGCAGAGAGUUCGUCAGUGUUGUUGCUAUCUGCAGAUCGCCCGGGCUACUUUCAGCAACCUUUCGUUCUACCUUUUGUUCGUCAGCUGCGGUGCUAUGCCUCAAAACGAGGCAUGCGCUUUGCGGCUGACGGCGGGCCAUGGCCGUUGCGCCACAGAACUCUUGGCCUCACAGGCAACUACUUCUUUGUUGGUCGCUGGAGGGAAGGCACCACUGGCAAUGCCGCCCGAGAAGCCCGGGAAGAGGACUAUUUGCGACACUUGAUUGGGGAUUUGCAGAGGAACAAACUUAGCAGAGCAGUCGAACUUGCAUCCCUGGAAGGUCUUGUGAACAUAUACUUCGAUGAACCAGAGAAGCAGACAAAGAUUUGGUCUAUCGAGCGUCAGCUGGACAAUUCGAGCAUGGUCGUGUAUUUGGACUUGGACGUCACAAUACGCCCAGACAGCUUGAACUGGGGUUUGGUCCCGCUACUUGUCUCAAUGCACUCCCGCCGUGCCAGUGAUAUCUUUGUUCGAGAUUCAUGGCCCGGAACUGAAUGUUUGAAUAGUGGCUUCAUAGCUGUGCGUCCGACCAGAGCAGCGCGUUUGUUUCUGAAACUCUGGCGACAAAAGGCCUGGUGGCCUGUUUCCUGGGAUCAGAGUGCUUUGGCCGAGUCGGUUUUGGAGCUGAUAGGUUUGGAGAUGCAGCAGCUUGGGAGCCCAGGAUACAGAUCCCAGUGCUUGCGCUAUCUUUUCCCCAUUCCGAAUGGCUUGGUGCCGUAUGCCAUGUACUGUGACUGCUGGCAGUCCGUGCUGAGUGAUAUGAUCGGGCCAUAUCGCCAGCGCCGAAGUAGACUUGUCACCUUCGUAGAUCCAGAGCGUCUCGAUGUGAACUUUGUUCCCAGUGACCUCUUUGUUGGGCAUGGCUUUAGUUUGCAGCAGAUGCACCUCGUCAGCUGGAACAGCAAGCCCGCAAUGAACCCGCUGAUUGUCCAUUGGGCUGGCACUGGGAGCAAUAGACUUUGGAUUGCCCAGCAGAAACUUGGCCAUGCCCAUGCAUUGAGAUUGGCAAACUUCUACUUGUGGGACCUGUUGCGAAACUUUGUCAGCUGCAUUUCAGUCAUGAUUAUUUUGAUCAACAAGUUGCUCUAG